GAUAUCCAAUAUAAAAAAGUUCUUGAAACCAUGCUCGGAUAAACCGAAAAUUAUUAUGGACGAGAGCAGUUGCGAUAGUGUAUCCUUCUAUGGUGCCGAUCAAAAAGGUAAUUCGUUACUUAUUAAAAUGGAUCACAGAGGAUAUCAUAUAGCAGAACUGAUCUUGCAAGUGACCCUGUCGGAUGGCCGAGUCUACGUACUACCCGAUUAUCCCGAUACAAUUACGAUGGAGGGUACAAGCCAAAAAUGGUCAGCAUCGGGCCUAAAGAUCGAGUUGUUAGAACCCCGACAACGUUGGAGAAUUACGUACAAUGGCUUCCUCCGAAACCAAUGUCGAGGAGAUAUAUCCGAUGACGACAAUGUGGAACAUAUUCGUCUAAAUUUUAUAUUUAUCGGCAAGCCCCGAUCGUUAGAAUGGCCAGGCGACUGGAGUACUUAUUUGCACGCGGAUGCUUUAGCACGUGAACCAUGGAAGAGUCCUGAUUGGAUGCACAAAAUUAAAUUAAUAGAUUACAACGGUUUCGAUCUAUGGGGAUCCAUUAUCGGGCGGAUAACGUUCAAAGAUUCAAAUUCGAGUGAGUUUUAUUUACGAGGACUCUGCCAGCGACGUUGGGGUAAACACGAAUCUUAUCAAUUUCAUCGAACUGUCACAUUUUUUGGUGUGACACGACACGGAGCCAUGUAUUAUCUUGGUGUGAGCAAUACCAAACAUAGCUUUUCACACAUGCAAUUUGGACACCUCGAGGAAGCUGGAGGGACAAUAGCCAAAAUUGAUUGGACUGAUCUGAAACUGAGCGAUUUUGAAAGAGAAGAUACGGUUCCCAUGAACUACAAAAUUGCAUUUACAGCGGCUGGGAAACGGCACAGCUCCGUUAUCAAUUACUCGGUAGGCAACGCAAUAACCUGUUACAAUGGCCAGCCACGGUGUUGGACUUGUACAACUCGUAAUUUGCGUGUACAACUGAACGGCAGCACAGGUGUUGGGCUGAUGAUUGCGUGCUACCCAUAUACUGGACCAAGGCAAACCAAGACUUUGAUCGCGAAAAUUCAACGUAUAACGCGGCCCGAUACAUUUGCGCAAAAAGACAAAUAUAUUCUACAUUUUACUGAUAAACAAUGUCAAAAUGAAGACGUCGUCGGAGGAAAGGGAUAUUCUCUUGCGACUUUGACAUCUAUUAUCACCGAUGACUUUACGGUACCUCGAGGCUUCUGCGUAACGAGCCUUGCUCUGGAACGACAAUUGCAACAUGACGAACAAUUGCAAAACUUGAUCACUGAUAUAAUAGAUAUUAGUCGUUACAAAAAGAAUGAGGACCUCGAAACCUACUGUCAAAAGGCGGUGUCUAUUAUUCAGGGCACUCCUGUCGAAGAGGAAAUUGCAAAAGCGAUAUUACUAAGUUUGGAGGAAUUAGAGUCGUCCGCAAGUGAAAGAAACGCACACGUCCAGCGUUACGCCGUAAGAUCUAGCGCGGUUGGAGAAGACAGCGAGGAAACUUCAGCUGCUGGUCAAAACUCGACAUAUUUAGGUGUGAAGGAUGCAAAUGACGUUAUCAGAUGCGUUGCUAAAUGCUGGGCAAGCUUAUUCUCAUAUCAAAGCGUCGAAUACAGACGGCAGAACGGACUACCGAUAAAAGCAUCAAUGGGUGUUUGCGUUCAGAGAAUGGUCGACGCGGAAGCGGCUGGCGUCAUGUUUACCAGACAUCCUACAACCGGGGAUCCGUCCAGCAUUAUUAUUACAUCCAAUUACGGCUUAGGAGAGACGGUAGUAUCAGGGAAAGUCGAGCCUGAUACUUUGACGAUUCGUAGAAAGUGGGACAACACUCUAACUGUAAGUACCUUGGAGCUGGGAAAUAAAGGGCAGAAGAUCUUGCUUGGUGACGAUGGCGUAACUGCGAGCGAUCUAAGUGAACAGGAGAGUAAGACGAUCUCGAUAUCUGAUACAACCGCUCUGCGAUUAGCUAAAAUAGGAUUGCGCUUGGAAUCGCUUUUUGGGUCUGCUCGAGAUGUGGAAUGGGCGGUUAUCGGCGAGCGAAUCUAUCUAUUGCAAGCGCGGCCUAUCACAACAAUUAACGCAUGGACAGAUUUCGAGAUAAUACACGAGUUAGACUCGGGAGUACCUUGCGACGUCGAUCUUAUGUCUUUUGCCAAUGUCGGGGAAGUGUUUCCAUAUCCCAUUACUCCUCUGUCGAUCUCUACGGUUAUGAAAGUUUUGAAUCUAUCGCUUUGCGCGAAAUUCAACAAGUUUGACAGUAUUUAUCUUCAUAUAGUCGGUAUGAGGUGCGCGAUAAAUUACUCAGAUUCGACUUUGCAAGAUGUUAGUAAGGAGAUAACGAUGACGAAUAAAAUGAUAGACUUAGCCGUGUGCGGACGUGUAGUAACGUCGCCCGAAAUGCACGAGGCAGCGAUAGAGAAAUACGGUAUCGUGAGCAAAUGGCGGUCAAUAUAUAUGCUAUACGAAAUGUUGAAAUCAGCGUGGGCGAAUGAAGCGACGGUGCAAAGAACGAUCGAUAUAUUUAACAAUUAUGCUCUGGAUGCUAAUGAAUUUGAUACACCUCACGAUUUGUAUAGUACCUUAAAUAAGAAAUACGGAGAAAUCUUCCUAGUAAGUUAUCAGGCACCGAAUCCGAAGACCCAAUUAGGAAAAGGUCACAACAUGGCGUCCCUGGUGAGCGUAUCUUUCCAAAUGAUAGCGAUGUCGUUUUUAACAAAGGGAAACAAUGACUUUACGUCCGAUCAUCUUGCGGACAUCGCCAUUCUACUGAGUUCGUGUAACAAUGUUAUCAGUACCGAAGUGCCAAUAGCUCUCGGCAAAAUAGCGGCAUGCAUCAGAAAGAGCGGCAAAGCGAAUGAGUUUAGCAAAAUUGAGACCGCGAACGUUAUGGACUGGUUGAAAUUAAAUUGCCCUCCGGCUAUGGAAAAACUAGAAGCUUUCUUCAACACGCACGGUCACAGAUGCGUUCACGAAUUAGAUUUAUUCGCGGAACCUUGGGUACUUAAACCUGAUAGUAUCAUCAAUACGAUUCAGGUGCUAGCAACAUCCAUCGAAGAAAAUUACGUGAGUAAAACGCUUAGCGUGCAGGAAACCGUAGCAUCUUUAAAGACGCCCGUGUCACCGUUUGUCAAGCUGCUCCUGCGGCAAAUAGUACCCUUUUGUCGAACAGCUGUUACGAAGAGAGAAAUGACAAAAAACGUAACUGUAUCUGCUGUGCAUACAUUGCGAUUAGCCUACAGACGACUUGGUGCUUUGAUGGUUGCGGAAAAUUAUAUACCUGAUGAACAUCUCAUAUUUUUCCUGACGCAUCAAGAAAUCGGGCAACUCUUGAACAAUCAUAAUUCAUUACUCGUACGAAAAGCACUACGUAGAAGAAAGAUUUAUCAGCAAGUAGCAAAACUUGAAUAUCCGGAAUUCAACACUGGCAUGCCCGUGCCAAUACAGAGGACUCUCGAUGUCUCGGCCUAUGAAGGAUGUACAAAGAUUGAAGGUACCUCAGUUUGCGGCGGUUCUGUGCUAGGUAGAGCGUGCGUGAUAAUCGACUUGUCCGAAGCGAAAAAUAUACAGCACGGAGAUAUUUUGAUUACCCGCUGCACCGAUAUUGGUUGGAGUCCAUAUUUUCCAUUAUUGGCUGGAAUUGUAACGGAGUUGGGUGGUCUUAUAAGUCAUGGCGCCGUUGUAGCAAGAGAAUAUGGUCUUCCUUGCAUCGUUGGUGCUAAAAACGCUACUCAAGUUUUUCAAAUGGGUGACACUGUAUUAUUAGCUGGAGACAUUGGCACACUACAACUGAUUGAAAAAGCCUAAUUACUCACAACUCGAUGUACGAGAUAAAUGGUGGAAACAGAUUUCCAUCGUUAUUAUCUUGUAAUAACUAUUGCGAAUAUACCUUAGAAAAAAAGUUUUAUAUUAAA